CAACAAUGCAUUGAUCUCAUGCUUUUUGUUAUGGUUGGGGACUGCGGAAACCUAUUUAAUUUGCAAUGAUGCUAUGCGCCGUGUUCGAUCUAAACAGAAUCUACACUUUCUACAUCCUGUUCAAAGGAUCAACAGCAUGAUUUGUACAAGUUUCGGCUUUUUUUUAUCAUGGUCUUGUCCUUUUAAUUUUUUUUUCGAUUGGUCUGCGUGACUCUUGAUAAUCAAACGUACUUGCAUGCUCCCGCUCCUUGACCUUUUGUCUCGUAAUUUAUCAAUCGAAAUGCUGAAGUACUAUUUACCAUCUUUAUGAAACCCUUUUGUUUCUCGACUUGUUUCAAUAGAUCUUGAAACAAUAAUGUCAAAGGGUAAUCAAACGUUUCACCGAUUUAUUUGUCUCAUGCCAUCUGAUCAGCCUAUUUCCUUCACCUAUGCAUGGCAAUAAGGCAUUGACACCCUCUUUGUUUUCUUGGAUGAUUGACACCAUUACUAAUCUUCUAUUUCAAAUUUUCGAUCCAGGGCUCCGGAUCAAUAUCCUGACGAAUUGCCUCGAACCGAUGGGGUGCUGUGGAAGUAGUGCUGUAGAUGAUGAGGAACAUCUGGACUACAGCGCCGGAAAAGUGACCGUUGUACCAGAUCUUCGGUGUUGGGAACGGAAAUUGGACGAAGCGACUGAACUUGGGCAAACGGUUGUGGUAAAAUUCAGUGCGACUUGGUGCGGACCAUGCAGGAUUGCUGCUCCACUAUUCGCCGAGCUUUCUUUGAAGCAUUCUGAUCUUGCUUUCGUGUCCGUUGAUGUAGAUGAACUGCCGGAACUGGUCACGCAAUUCGAUAUACGGGCAACUCCAACGUUCAUCUUCAUGAGAGACAAGAAGGAGAUCGACAAGCUGGUCGGAGGCAACCAGGAAGAUCUCCAGAAGAAGUUCGAUCCAUACUGCCAGGAGAAAUGUUAGGUGACCAUUUCGUCUGUCAGGAUAGCAUCAGGACGAGCAUGACCAAACACCUGAUCGGCUGAAACGGGAACAGCUCAGAAUUUCGCAACCAGUCGACGAGCUCUCUGGGAGUCUGCAUCUGCGUAGUUUGGAGGAACUGACCAGCGGAAGUAGGAUUUCUGUCCAGUAUAAUGUAAAGUUAGCUAGUGUCUGAAACUCUGCACCACAUUGUUCAAGCAAUCCCAUACAGAACAGAAAAUUGU